AUGCUGGGGUGGCUGCUGCUUCAACUCCUCGCGAAACAGAGGACGCGGGAAUGUUUUCUUGUGGAAUUUACCUGCUACAAACCGCCGGCGGAGUGCCAGGCUAACACUGAGCUGAGCAUUUACGUUUCAUUAAGUAGAGAGCCUAUCAUUCUAGAAAACCUGAAAUUCCAGUGGAAAAUAUUUCUGAGCUCCGGUCUGGGAGAAGAGACUUCGCUGCCGUGGUUCAUUUUCAAUGAUGAAAUGGUGGCGAUAUUGGAUGAAGCGCGGGUGGAGAUGGAGGAGACCUUCGCAACCUCGGACGGGCUCUUUAAGAGGACGGGUGUCACAUCGCAAGACAUCGAUAUACUCAUCGUAACGGUCUCCACCUUCACGGCGACACCAUCUCAUGCUACCAUUGUAGCGAGGCACUAUAAGAUGAAGGAAAGCGUGAAUAUGUUUAAUCUUUCCGGCAUGGGGUGCAGCGUUGGUGUUUUAGUGGUGAACAUGGCCAAAAAUCUGUUGCUCGUUAAUCCGGACUCGUACGCUCUCAUCCUCUCCACCAAGAACACAACUGUCAAUGCAAAGUACCCCAGCAACGACAGGACCUUCAUGCUCACCAACUCCCUCUUCCGAGUUGGCGGUGUCGCCUUGCUCUCUCCAACAAACACCAAGACACUGCAUGAGACAAAUUGCAGCUUCUCCACUCCAUUCAGACCAACGUGGCUGCUGAUGACGAGGCCUACAGUUGCAUAUCUGUGA